GACCACCGCUAAAAAAAUUGCCUAAGGUUUAGGGUUCAUAAUUUUACUUCCUACAUACUAUCAACUGACAUGUCAGUAGAUAAGUCAAUGUUAGCUUUAUGAAAAGCAAUAGAGAAGGGAUGAACCCUCUUUUAACCAAGGGGUGUUUCUUUAACCCUUUUCCUCCCAACGUCACAUAUGUGUGACGAUAAAUGCGGCUGACCGAUGCUGAGCCCGCUAGGCGUGAAAUACUUGAUUGCAAUAGCCCCCCUCUGGCUCAUUUGACGCCUGGUGAUUUUUGUCGGUUUCUUCGGUGUUUUUCAUGUGAAUUUGCCUGCUUUUGACCGAAAAAAUUGCGAUUCUUUUCUGUUCGAGUUUUCGCGCGAAGUUCAGGAACAGCUGAUCAGUAAUAGCUUCAACUUCUGGAAGUGAAUUUGUCGUAAAUUCGGCUGCAGAGACUUCUCAAAACGUGGAUUUAGUGUUCGUAGACGAAGAUGAAAUGCCAUUGACUUCUGUAGCUAUAGGCACGGCAUAUUUAGAGCGAGAGUCUGACGAGGAAAUUGACUCAGACUUUUAUCAGACUGACUCUGAGGCUGAAGAAAGUGACAAAAAUGAAGAAUUACAACAAGCAGGUCCUCCCAGGAAGCGGAGACGUACAGCACAGGGCGAAAACGAUGUUGUGGGCGAUCCUGUUUGGGUAGAAGACAUCAGGACGCAUUCAGACCUGCCUUUCACCCAACCCACGGGGCCUAAAGUUCGAAUGGGAGCGGAUCAAAAGGACCCAGUGAGUUAUUUUUGUCUGUUUUUUUACUGAUGCCUUGCUUGAUCUAGUUGUGACACAAACAAAUUUGUAUGCUGCCCAAGAGAGAGCCAAAACCCCGGAUAAACACCGUAUGCCUUGGCACGUAGUGGACAAAGAUGAAAUAAGAACAUUUAUUGCCUUGAUUUUAGCAAUGGGGCUGGUAAACAAACCUACCAUACAUAGUUACUGGUCCACUGAUGAGAUACUUCAAACACCAUUCUUCACAAAUUGCAUGUCAAGGAAUCGGUUUACACAAAUUUUGAGGUAUAUACAUUUUGUGAACAAUACACAAUUAAUUCCUAGAGGUCAAGAUGGAUAUGACAAACUGGUGAAAAUUAGGCCCUUCUUAGAACUAAUUAAAAACCGGUUCCAAAGGUAAUCAGAGGUUUACAUGGUGGAAGGAGCUACAAGAUUACCCCCACAGCUGCUGCACCUCAAAUAUCAAGAUUGAAUCUGUCUUUGGGACACUUCCCAGUCAAAGUUGACAAACGGUGUGCUUGUAAAGUUCACCUGCAGCGAGUGUUGACUUCAUACAAGUGUGGACUGUGUGGAGUCCACAUGUGCCCCAGCCCUUGUUUUGAGAAGUACCACACCCUCCAAGACUAUUUGUAUGAUGACCCUGAAUAUGGAGCAGCAACCCCACGUCUGAAACCUCAGAAUCCUGGCAGGCCUUUUGCAAGAGGAAGACCUAGGCAGAUGAGGCAGUGAACUCUCCUAUAAGUAGCGGAACAUUGACCGUUGGUUGUCAAAAACUGUUCACUUAUUGCUGUUGUUGUGACACACCAUUGCCAACAGCAUACUGACAUUGUAGCACUG